AAAUGAGGAAAAUUAGGUGUCUUCUCCUCGUCUGUGUAUUGAGUUGAGAGAGAGUGCUUCAAUUAAGACUAAAAGCGAAAGCCACUCGACUAGAGAGAAAAUGGGGGAAAUCAGAUAACAAAGAAUCAAAAACGCAAGUGGAUUUCAUUCGUGGAAAGCGUAGGAAAGGAAUUGAAUUAUUGAAAGGUGAUGGCGAAAAGCGGCGUGGUGGAAGGGGAACAAACGGCGGCGGCGGAUAGAGCGAUGGAGCUCAAAAGAGAAUUGCAGAAAUUGGUGAAAUCGAUCGCGGAUGAUGACGGCAACGAUGUUGUGAAUCUCGACGCGAUUGACAGAGCGCACAAAACGCUGCGCUGUUUGAGUGAAUUGAAGCUGAAUAGAAGCGGCGGAGAGGCAGCGGUGCCGGAGGAGUUUAAAUGCCCGCUGUCUCUGCAACUCAUGAGAGAUCCCGUCAUUAUCGCCUCCGGUCAGACAUUUGAUAGGCCAUUCAUCCAAAAAUGGCUAAAAUCAGGGAACCGAACCUGCCCUCGAACUCAGCAGGUGCUUUCCCACACGAUCCUCACCCCGAACCACUUGGUUCGGGGCAUGAUUGUGCAAUGGUGCGAAAUGCAUGGCAUCAAGCUGCCUGAAUCCCUCGAGUACACCAACGAGGAUGGUAUGACAGAGGGUGAUAAGGCUCGUUUUGUCUCGUUGCUCAAGAAAGUAUCUUCUGUUUCGCGGUUGGACCAGAGAGAUGCGGCCAAGGAGUUUCGUCACCUCACGAAGAGAACUCCUUCGUUCCGCUCCUUCUUUGGUGAAUCCCUGGAUGCAAUCCCUCAGCUGCUGUCUCCGCUAUCUCAGACCAAGCAGGAUGGGGCUGAGCCUCACCCGGACCUCCGGGAAGAUCUAAUCACUACUCUCUUGAACCUCUCCAUCCACGACAGCAACAAGAAGCUCGUUGCAGAGACGCCAACGGUCAUACCCCUCCUCAUGGAUGCGUUGAGGUCAGGAACCAUCGAGACGAGGAGCAAUGCAGCUGCGACCCUCUUCACGCUAUCCGCCCUCGACUCCAACAAGGCUCUGAUCGGGAAAUCUGGCGCGCUGAAAUCCCUCAUCGACCUAUUGGACGAGGGGCACCCAUCUGCAAUGAAGGAUGUCACCUCGGCAAUCUUCAACCUGUGCAUUCUUCUCGAGAACAAGGUGAGGGCGGUCAGGAAUGGGGCGGUGCCUGUGAUCUUGAAGAAGCUCGAGAGCAGGAACCACGUAGAUGAGCUGCUAUCGAUCCUUGCUAUGCUCUCAACCAGCCAGAGGGCCAUCGAGGAGAUGGGCGAGCUCAAGGCCGUCUCUUGCCUGCUCGGUAUAAUGAGGGAGACGUCUUGUGCGCGCAACAAGGAGAACUGUGCUGCGAUUCUCUACAACGUCUGCUACAGUGACCGGUCCAUGUUGAAGGCGAUGAAGGAGGAGGAGACGACGUAUCGCACGAUAUCGAAGCUUGCUGAAGAUGGGAGUUCUAGAGCUAAGAGGAAAGCCAAUGGCAUUCUUGAGAGAAUGAAUCGAGGGUCGAAUAACAACUACACCUCGUGAUAUUGAUCAAGCAAAUAAUCUGUAAAAUUCUUCACCACAUAUCUUUUCAUAUAUAUAUAUACACACACAUUGAGUUCAUGUGUAUAUUAUGCUUUUAGGAAUAAAUUGAUCAUAUUGUUAGAACUAGUUAGUUUUAGUAAAUAAUACUAGUAAUGAUCUUGCUUUGAGAUCCUUGUCCAAAAUUGUUCAAACUCAGCGUGAUUGGGCGUCAUUUUUGGUAUAUUAUUAUUAUUAUUAUUAUUA